AUGAAUAACUUGUGUUCCGUCAAGGCACACUUUUCUGUUGAGUUGACAAAUAUUAACUGCACUUCUCUGGAUGAAUCUUUUUCUUCGUUUGAGUACUGCUUUUUGAAGUCUGUGAAUAGAACAUACAAGUACGCGUCUUUAAAAGUAAAAUUACACAAGGUGCCCAUUCACAAAAUCAAAAUGAAUUUCGCAAUUUAUCAACGGCUAAAUGGAUACAAACCAUUUCUCUAUAAUGUCACUGUUGAUGGAUGCAAGUUUUUAAAAAACAAGAAGUCUUCUCCAGCAUUUGCAUUUAUUUUUAACCUCUUUUCUUCCUACUCCAAUAUGAAUCAUACUUGCCCCUACGAUCAUGACGUCGUCGUGGAAAAAGUUCCGUAUUCUUAUUUAGAAAAACAAUUGACGUAUACCUUGCCGUUUCCCAAAGGAGCCUAUGGAUUCUAUAGUGAUUGGUAUGCCUAUGGGAUAAGACGAGCAUUCGUUAAUGUUUAUCUUAAACUUACUUAG